CCUUAACGCUCUCUCUCAUGUUCCCUCUCGCUUUCUCCUCCCCGUCAUGAUCCACAUUCCUCUUCCUCUUCCUCUUCCUCUUCUCUCCCUUCUCAGUUGGCUUACCGGGCUGACCCGAACCCGAUGCGGAGGAGGAAGAACCGAGGGAGACAUAAUUGAAAGGGAUCUAAAUCGGGUUCCCAGCUCUCCAGAAUGCUACGCCUGUACGCAAGGAGGAAUCCCCGCCUUCCACUCCACCACCUGCGACCGCGUCCACCGCCCGCAAUGGGAGGCCUCUGCCGGGUCUUCGCUGUUCACCAUCGGGUCUAAAUUCGGUAAUCUGAUUGGGACCCGUGUAAGGAACUCGUCGAGCAGAAUUCUGGACCCGAGAACGGCGCUGGUGCAGAGGUGGAACCGUGGGGUGCUGUUGGCACGUUGCGUGGCGUUGGCCGUCGAUCCGUUGUUCUUCUACGCACUUUCUCUCGUCGUUUUAGAGAGUGGGGCCCCGUGCGUCUACGUGGACGGAGGUUUUGCGGCGGUAGUGACUGUUUUUCGCACCUGUGUGGACAUGGUGCAUAUCUCCCACGUGUGGUUUCAGUUCAGGUUGGCGUAUGUUUCGAGGGCGUCACUGGUGGUGGGAUGUGGGAAACUCGUGUGGGACGCACGUGCCAUCGCCUAUCACUAUGUUCGCUCGCUCAGAGGCUUUUGGCUGGAUGUUUUCGUCAUACUCCCAGUCCCUCAGGCAGUAUUCUGGUUGGUAAUACCCAAAUUGAUCAAAGAAGAAAAAUUUAAGCUGAUGAUGACAAUGUUGCUUCUAAUAUUCUUGUUUCAAUUUCUCCCUAAGGUCUAUCAUGGCCUCUACUUGAUGAGGAAAAUGAGGAAAGUAACAGGAUAUGUCUUUGGCACUGUUUGGUGGGGUUUUAGCAUUAAUCUUGUUGCCUAUUUGAUUUCCUCCCAUAUUAUAGGAGGCUGUUGGUACAUUCUUGCAACGGGACGUGUUUUUUCGUGUCUCAAGCAACAUUAUGAGCAAAAUAUGCAUUACAAUCUCAAUCUAUGCUCUUGCUCGAAUGCUUAUAACCAAUUUUUGUCACCAACAAAGCUAUUGCAAGGCUCGUUCGUUAGCAACAUAACAAAGCUCAAAACAUCGAUUUGUUUGGAUGAGGAUGGACCAUUUAAUUAUGGAAUUUAUGAACCUGUGCUUGAAGUCAUUUCCAGCAAUUCACUAGCAACUAGGAUCCUUUAUCCCAUUUAUUGGGGCUUAAUCAAUCUCAGCUCUUUUGGUAAUGUGCUUAUACCAACAAGCAAAUUGGAUGAAGUGAUAUUCAGCAUAUUUAUAGUACUUUGUGGCUUACUGCUCUUCACGUUAUUAGUUGGAAACAUCCAGAUUUUCUUGCAAGUGGUCACGAUGAAGAAAGAACAGAUGCAGUUGAGGAGAAGUGAUAUUGAAUGGUGGAUGAGAAGAAGGCAGUUGCCUUAUAACCUGAGGCAACGAGUACGACACUAUGAAAGUCAUAAAUGGGAAGUGAUAGGAGGACAAGAAGAGGUUAAAUGGAUCGAAGAGUUACCUGAUGGACUUCGUAAAGACAUCAAACGUUAUCUUUGCCUAGAUCUUAUCAAACAGGUACCUCUGUUCCAUAACUUGGAUGACCUCAUUCUUGAUAAUAUAUGUGACAGAGUUGAGCCACUGAUUUUCUCCAAAGAUGAAAAGAUAAUUAAAGAAGGAGAUCCAGUCCAAAAAAUGAUGUUCAUAGUUUGCGGCCGUGUAAAACGCAGCCAGAGACUUAGUAAAGACACAGUAGUCUCAAAUAUCCUUGAAACUGGAGGAUUUCUUGGAGAUGAGCUACUCUCCUGGUGUCUUCGCCAUCCAUCUAUGGAGCGACUUCCACCGGCAUCAGCAACAUUUGUGAGCUUACACUCAACAGAAGUGUUUGCUCUUGAUUUCAAACAGCUUCAGUUUAUAACAGACCAUUUUAGGUAUAGCUUUGCCAAUGGAAGAAUUAAGAGAAUAGCAAGAUACUAUUCUUCAAACUGGCGGACAUGGGCUGCCAUCACCAUACAACUCGCCUGGCAGCGUUACAAGAGGACUACUGCAAGUCUACUAAUUCCUCCUGUGCCGGUACUAAGACAGUAUGCUGCAAUUUUCAUGUCUGUGAAGCCUCAUGACCACCUUGAAUAA